AAUUGGUGAUUCAUAGGAGGCCGGUGUUCAUCUACUUGAAGCAAAGCUAAUUAAACCUGCAGUGAUCUUCUUCAUUCUUCAAUCUUUUAUAUUGCGGCGGUUACAGACUUACAGGUUGCUGCGGGAGCAAGUGAACGGGUAGACGAGAUGCCAUGGCCUCGUGUGUGGUGCGAUGGAUUUGGGAGAUGUUCAUGGUGAGAACUCAAUUUCAAAACAACAGAAUGAGUUGCAUUAGAACUGGUGGUGACGGUGGUGGUGGCGGCGGUGGUGGUGGUGGUGGUGGUGCUACGACAUCGGCGCCGUCGACGCAGAGCGAUGGAACUAGAAUGGAAGGUUGGUUAUACCUUAUCCGCUUCAACCGUCUCGGACUUCAAUUCUCUCGGAAGCGUUACUUCGUCCUCGACGGUCACCUCCUCCGCAGCUUCAAAUCCGUUCCUGAUUCCACUGACCAGGAUCCUGUUAGAAGUGCAAUUGUAGAUUCCUGCAUUCGCGUCAUGGAUAAUGGGAGGGAGAGUGUUAACAGAAAGGUGUUCUUCAUAUUCACGCUCUAUAACACUUCAAAUCACAAUGAUCAAUUAAAGCUAGGAGCGAGCCGUCCUGAAGAGGCAGCGCGGUGGAUUCAGUCUUUUCAUGAAGCGUCUUUAAAGGGUGCUCCAGAAGCUGUAGGCUGUUCUAAGAGGAGAUGGCAAUCCUUUAGACUAAGUGGAUCUAGCAGUAGAAGUCAACCGGAAUCCGUGGACUGGACGCUUUCUUCUGCCGAUGUUAUUGCCCCAUCACCUUGGACAAUCUUUGGCUGCCAGAAUGGUUUACGAUUAUUCAAGGAAGCAAAAGAUAGGGAUUCUUAUGGAAAGAAAUGGGAUGAUCACCCUGCAAUUAUGGCUGUUGGUGUGGUGGAUGGAACAUCAGAAGCCAUUUUCCAGACUUUAUUGUCACUUGGUCCAUCAAGAUCAGAAUGGGAUUUCUGUUUUUACAAGGGGAAUGUGGUUGAGCACCUGGAUGGUCACACCGACAUUAUUCACAAGCAGCUAUAUAGUGAUUGGUUACCUUGGGGAAUGAAACGAAGAGAUCUCUUGUUGAGGCGCUAUUGGAGGCGAGAAGAGGAUGGAACCUAUGUUAUUCUUUACCACUCCGUGUUUCACAAGAAGUGCCCUCCCCAGAAAGGCUAUGUCCGUGCCUGCCUUAAAAGUGGAGGCUAUGUUAUAUCACCAUUCAACAAUGGAAAGCAAUCAGUUGUGAAGCAUAUGCUUGCUAUUGAUUGGAAAUUCUGGAGAUCUUAUAUUAAAUCUUCAUCAGCAUAUUCUAUAACCAUUCGAAUGCUUGGGAGAGUUGCUGCAUUACGAGAGUUAUAUAGAGCUAGACUAGGGAAUUGUCCUUUGUCUGAUUGUUCAUCUGGAGAAUUGACAAGAAGCAGUAGGCUUCAUCUGAAGGAAGGAAACAUCAACUCUGAUACCCAUGUUCAGGCAGAUGGGAACAAUUAUGAUAACUCAAUUGGAGAAUUAGAACAAACACAAUCAGAGCAUGCAAGCCUGGUUGGUCUAAACGAUGCUGAUGAUGAGUUCUAUGAUGUUCCGGAACCAUCAGACUGUGACAAGUCAGAAAAUGGAUGGACGACUGAAUGUAGUCACCAGAAGUCACAGGACGCUCGUCCCCAGAAGUUAUCUACUGCUGCUAAUUUUGUGAAAAGAUUGCAUGAUCUUGCAGUUCAGAAGAGGGGUUAUGUGGACUUGCAAGAGAUGGUCAGGGAUGAGAGUAUCCCAUGCUCGUACGGAUCCACUCUUCCAAAAGAUCCUACCUGUACAAUACCUUGCAGUUUGACUGAAGCAGAUCCUUCUACUUUCCUGAUUCGUGGAGAAAAUUAUCUUGAAGAUCACCAGAAGGUUAAAGCGAAGGGGACCUUGAUGAAAUUGGUUGCUGCAGAUUGGCUGAGAUCUGACAAAAGGGAAGAUGACCUUGGUGGCCGUCCUGGGAGCAUUGUGCAGAAAUAUGCUGCACAGGGCGGGCCUGAGUUCUUCUUCAUUAUAAACAUUCAGGUUCCAGGUUCUACUACAUACAGUCUAGCCACAUACUAUAUGAUGACUACCCCUGUGGAGGAUACUCCUUUGCUAGAGAGUUUUAUCAAGGGUGAUGAUGCCUUUAGAAAUUCAAGAUUUAAACUCAUACCAUAUAUAUCUAAGGGUUCAUGGAUAGUAAAACAGAGUGUGGGAAAGAAGGCAUGCCUAAUUGGUCAAGCUUUGGAAAUCAACUAUUUCCAUGGAAAAAACUAUUUGGAGCUCGGGAUUGAUAUUGGAUCAUCAACUGUUGCAAGAGGUGUCGUGAGUCUUGUCCUUGGGUACCUCAACCAUCUAGUUAUUGAGAUGGCAUUUUUAAUACAGGGCAACACACGUGAAGAGCUCCCUGAGUUUCUUCUUGGAACCUGCCGCCUUAACCAUCUGGAUGCCUCCAAAUCAGUUUUGCUGAAGCAGUGAUUUUUAACAAGACGCGUAACAAGUACGUUGUGAUUUCCAAGUUGUGAAUGUAGAUAAUUGAAAGUAAAAUUUUGUAUUGUCUCCAUAAACUUACUUUCUGAAGCCAUAUUUAUUCAAUCAAUCUGAAUGUUGCAGCAACUUAUGUUGCUGUGAGCAUUAUUAGGAUGGAUGGUUUGGGGGACGAAUCUUGGUAAAAUAGAAGUUGCAUUCUUUUCAUCACAACUGAGAGUUUUUUUUCUCUGACAG